AUGAUGCAAAGGGCUCUCUCUGCUGUUCCUCGUGCUGCUAAGGCCAUUAGCAAGCAACGACAAUUCUCGGCGCUUGUGUCUUUGGAUGAGGAGUUCCCUGGUCUCCCAGCAACAUCUCCUUCACCUGCCACUGCUAGCAGUCCCUCUGUGUCGACACUUCCCAGUGGUCUGACAGUGGUAACUGAAGAUGCGUCUUCCUCCACGACUGUCACCCUGACAUUCCCAAAGGCUGGAUCUGCAGAUGAAAUGCUCGAUGAACAGGGGGCUGCUCUUGUAAAUAAGGGCCUUGCUUUCAACAGUGGUUCAGGAUUGUCUACCAUGAUGAUUAUGAGAAACAUUGAAGAUGAUGGAGGUAUGCCAUUUUCCUCGGCUGGAAAAUUUGGAGCUACCCUAGGUUUUACCUGCCCUCCCGAAAAUGCUGCUCGAUUGGCUCCUCUUCUUGCCACCGACUGCAGUUUUGAAAAGUGGGAUGUCCGUGAUGCCCGAAAAUUGGCUGCCACAGAAACCGAAAUAGCGCAGUCCAGUGCCCAGGUUGUUUUGACCGAGCAUCUUAAUGCGGCUGCGUUUGGACCCCAGUCAGCGGCCGGUAGACCCUUCUACUCGGCAUCUUCGGUUGGCUUGGCAGAAAUUCAAUCAUUUCGCAGCCGUGCCUACGGUGUGAACGGAGCCGUUUUGGCUGUCACGGGUGUUGCCGAUCAUGCAUCAUUCGUCAAGGCAAUUGAAGAAGGAUUUUCCGAAUCGCCUGCUGGAACUCCGGAUGCUGCAGCUUCCCUUACUAUUUGGGUGGAGAAAGCCGACUGGCCGUGCCAAGUGGAUACGCACACGUUGCACUUGCCUUUGAUGUUGUCGGGGGCUGCUUCAGGCGUCACGGGCUUUAGCUCCAAAGGUCUCGUUGGUGUCUAUGCUGGCGGUACAUCUACGGGGGAGCUGGUGGAUACCCUGAGUACGGCGGUUACCAGUGCUGGACCUGAACUCGUAGCACGUGCCAAGGUUCUAGCCAAGGCAGAGGCUCUCUUUGCUCUUGAUGGAGGUAGCAAGUCUUUGGCAGAAGCCAUGACGGCAUCGGUGGUCGAGACCGGCACUUUUGCCGGUGCCGCGGGUGUUAUCGCGGCAUACGAUGCUAUUUCGGACAAGGAAGUCGAUGCUGCCGUCUCGGCAAUGUUCAAGAAAACGCCUGCCCUUGCGGCUGUUGGUGACAUUACCAGUGUUCCGUACCUCGGAUCCAUCGUGUCUCGCUUCUCGUAA